AUGUUUCACUCUACUUUUAUAAUUAGAUCACUUUCUUAUUCUUAUAUUGUUCUUAUAUAGCUUGGUUAACAAGGUCUUUAUAAGCUGCCUCUAAGNGAAUAAGUUGCAGGAACUCCACUCUCAGUGGUAUCAUAUUUAUUCUAUUUUCAUAGGUUAGAGCUCAUUUACCAGUCGCUGAAUCAUUCGGUUUCACUGCCCAUUUAAGAGGUAUGACCUAAGGACAAGCCUUCCCUCAAUGUGUCUUUGAUCACUGGGCCAUCGUCAAUGGUAACCCACUUGAAGCUGGAAGCAAAGUAUUAUUUUAUAUUAAUCAUUUAGGUUAAUGAUUUAGUCUUAUCCAUCAGAAAGAGAAAGGGUAUCAAAGUCUAAUUGCCAGACCUUAAUGAAUAUUUGGACAAACUCUGAUCUAAAUAUUGUAUUUUAACAUAACAACAAUAUUCAACCAUAAAAUAUUGUAGAAUCUUUAAGAAAAAAU